UCGUUAGUCUUUCCUGGAACCAUCAAAAUCGGAAUUUUUGUAUAGUUUGCUCCGAUAUUACAACCAGAUGCUGUUAUAUAAGUAAGACCGGAAGCUGUUUGUGGGCAUGCUGAGCAAGCAACAGACCGAAGAAGAUGUCCGGCAAAUUUUCGCACCCUACGGUACAAUAGAAGAGUGCACUAUCUUACGAGGACCUGACGGCGCUAGCAAAGGUUGUGCUUUCGUGAAAUUCAGUUCACAUCAAGAAGCACAAGCGGCAAUCAACAACUUACACGGAAGUCAAACUAUGCCG